CUAGAGCGGCCGCCCAGCUCGCCUGCUCGUGGCUAGAGCGUCGCCUCCGCGCAGAGCCGCGUGUGACCUUCCCGCUCCCGGAGCGAUGUUACCGGCGGCCGCCCGCCGCCUGUGGGGACCGCCCCUCGGGCUUCGGGCCUCCGCGCUCCGUCUCGCCAGACCACAGGUGCCAGGUGUCUGUGCCGUGCGACAGAUGAGGAGCAGCAGCCACCGAAGGGGUGAGGCGCUGGCGGGGGCACCCCUGGAUAACGCUCCCAAGGAGUACCCGCCCAAGAUCCAGCAACUCGUCCAGGACAUCGCCAGCCUCACGCUCCUGGAGAUCUCAGACCUCAAUGAACUCCUGAAGAAAACCUUGAAGAUCCAGGAUGUCGGCCUCAUGCCGACUGGUGGCAUGAUACCUGGGGCUCUCCCUGCUGCAGCAGCCCCUGAGGUAGCAGAGGAGGAAGAUCUCCCGAAACAGAAAGAACGGACACAUUUCACUGUCCGCUUGACAGAGGCAAAGCCGGUAGACAAAGUGAAACUGAUCAAAGAGAUCAAGAACUACAUCCAGGGCAUAAACCUCGUCCAGGCCAAGAAGCUGGUGGAGUCCCUGCCUCAGGAAAUCAAAGCUAACGUGGCCAAAGCUGAGGCAGAGAAGAUCAAGGCCGCCCUGGAAGCUGUGGGCGGCACGGUGGUUCUGGAAUAGCCCCACCUCUGAGGACUUAUGGACUGGGGUCCCUGGGACCCGGCGAGGCCCUGCCUGCCCUCUCCACCCCCAGCACCAGGCUCCCAGAUGGAGAUUCCAGGGGGCUGGAGUUACUGGCCCUAGUGGCAGUCUGUCUGGGGGGGACAAGAUGGACCUGCUGUGGUGGGGGGAGGGAAGCCACUGCCUGUGCAGAGCACAAGAGGCCACCUCAGAAGGUACGGGAUUACAGGAGUUCUUCUGGUGGCUGCUGAGAAAAAUACACUGUUGAGGCUUGGGUGUGCGGAGUAGUGUGCCCAGGGUGGGUGGUACGAAGGGCCCCUGGGGUGGUGUGAUCGGAACUUUGCCAGGACUGGUCCUGCCCCUUCGCCCCUCCACCAGGAGGUCUGAGUGUCUGCAGAUAUUCCUCAGCUCCCUAUGUGCAGAGGCCUGGGUUAAGGGGCCUGGCAGUACCCUGGCCAAACUAGGAACAGUGGCUGCUGUUGGACAGGCCUGGCCCACCCUCUGGCUGCAGGCCCCUUAGUGCCUUUGCUGUGUAGCUGGCUGUAAUGGCCAGGGGCCUUGCUCUGAGGACCCUUGGCCUCCUUUUCUCAGACAAUCCCAUGUUCAGCAAGACUAGGAGAGGGACAGUGAGUGUCCUUCUCUGGCCCUAGAUAGGCUGACUUCCACUUCCUGUUAGCAAGAGGCUGUAGGAUUGUAGAGCGCCCCCUUUGGGGAACAUAGUGUUAGGCAAGGGGCCCCUGGGAGGCACACCCAGCUCUGCCCACUUGGUGGGAGUGCCUGACAGGCUCUGUCCAGCCUACCUAACAAGGGCCUUCAGUGUCCUUGCUGCCCUGCCAGCCUCCACCUGGAGUCUCCCUCUGACCCUGGCAGUUCCUCAGGUUAAUGAGUAUCCAGCAGCACAUCUCUGGCUUCACCUCAGACAAGGUGAGCUACCCUGGGCCUGGGUGCAAAUAGACACGCUGCUGACCCUGGGGAAGGCACUGAGUGUCCCAGCUCAGGGACAGGCCCCUGCAUCUUAGAGAGCUGAGCCCAUAGUCUAGUCAGUAUAGGCUGGUGGCUCCCUGCCCAGAUAAAGGGGCCUUUCACUCCUGGACUUCCAGAGGGUGACUGCUUGAGGGUGGAGAUGACUGUGACAUCAGGCCAUUGGCUUAGCCUCAUCCCACCUCACCAGCAGGGCCCAUCCCUGAUAGCAGGUACUCGUCCCUCCAAGUUGUGUCUGCUUGGUGUCCUUCCCCUGACCACCCUGGGCCUUUUCAGGUGGCUCCUUGAUCAGGCCCUUUGUUGUCCAGUGUCAUGUUCACAGCUAAACACUCAGGGUCACUCAGUGAACUGGGCUGCAUGAAAUGACCACACAGAGACAGAGAAGGACCUUUAUCUUUGGGUCCUGUGACGGCCCCUCUGAACCCUUUUAUUGAGGAGAGGCCAUUCAAAUAGGGUUAGGGUUACAAGGGAACAGGUGAGUGCAGCUCAACCCCUCUGAGCGCCCCCUGCUCCUAGGGCCAUACCUUGAUAUCCAACACAGGGAAAAGCCAAGAGUCCCGAGUGCCGGCACUACCAGCCGGUCUACAGUGAUCUUUGAGGUGCAUCAGGACUCCCCAGCUCCCUUUCACCUGCUCUAGACUGUAAGUGGUCCAUAAGGAACUGUCUUGUAUCUGAAAA